AUGACUGUGUGCCAGGUGAAGUUCAGUAUCAUACAGGCCAAGAAACACAUUUUAAGAGCCAGCGUGGGAUCAACGUUUAAGAAGACUAGCUCCAAUGGGAAGCUUUCCAUCUACCUGGGGAAAAGAGACUUCGUGGAUGAUUCGGACACUGUGGAGCCCAUAUCUUAAGUAAUCCUUGUUGACCCGGAGUACUUAAAAGGUCGUAAGAUGCUUGUCAUGUUGACAUGUGCUUUUCACUAUAGCUAUGAUGACUUGGAUGUGAUUGGUCUCACAUUCCGCAAAGAUCUCUAUGUGCAGGCCAAGCAAGUGGCUCCAGCUGAACCCAUCAGAGUCCAGGGACCCCUUGCAGCUUUACAGGAGCAGCUUCUGCACAAACUUGGGGCCAAUGCCCACCCUUUCACACUUCAGAUGGUUGCUAACCUGCCCUGUUCAGUGACACUGCAGCCUGGGCCUGAAGAUUCAGGAAAGCCUUGUGGGGUUGACUUUGAAUUGAAGAGUUUCUGUUCAGAAAAUCUGGAUAAGAAAAUCCCUAAGAGGUACUCAGUGAUUCUGGUUAUACGGAAAGUACAGUUUUCACCUCUGGAACCAGACCCUGGUCCCUGGGCACAGACCAUUCCAAGCUUCUUUCUGUCAGCUCAGUCCCUACAACUCAAGGCCUGGAUGGACAGGAAGGUUCAUUACCAUGGAUAAGCCAUUUCUGUCCAUGUUUCUAUCAACAACUAUACCAACAAGGUCAUCAAAAGUAUCAAGAUCGCAGUUUUGCCGGUCACAGAUGUUGUCCGGUAAUCACUAGACAAGUACACGAAGACUGUGUUCAUUCAGGAGUUCACAGAGACAGUAGCUGCUAACUCAAGCUUCUCCCAGACCUUUACAGUAACCCCACUCCCGGCUGCCAACUACCAGAAACAAGGCCUGGCACUGGAUGGCAAAUUCAAGCAUGAAGCUACUAAUCUGGCCUCUAGCACAAUACUUCAACCUGGAAUGGACAAGGAGCUCCUGGAGAUCCUGGUGUCCUACAAAGUUAGAGUCAACCUGAUGGUGUCCUAUGGGGGGGUAAGUGAAGGUCUUCCAGCCAGUGACCUUGGUGUGGCGCUGCCCCUGAUUCUGAUCCAUCCAAAGCCAUCUCUUGGUGAGUGA